AUGCUCAUUAAUCGCUGACUCUUUUCAACAAAUCACAAAGACAUUGGAACCCUGUAUUUACUAUUUGGUGCAUGAGCUGGAAUCAUAGGCACUGCCCUAAGCCUCCUCAUUCGAGCUGAACUAGGCCAACCCGGCAACCUACUAGGCAACGACCACAUCUAUAACGUUAUUGUAACGGCCCAUGCAUUUGUCAUAAUUUUCUUUACAGUCAUACCCAUUAUAAUUGGAGGGUUCGGGAACUGACUAGUACCCCUAAUAAUCGGCGCCCCCGACAUAGCAUUCCCCCGUCUAAACAAUAUGAGCUUCUGACUCCUCCCCCCUUCUUUCCUGCUACUAAUAGCAUCCGCCGUGGUAGAAGCUGGCGCCGGAACAGGCUGAACAGUAUACCCCCCUCUAGCAGGAAACUUCUCCCACCCAGGAGCUUCUGUAGAUUUAGUCAUCUUCUCUCUUCACCUAGCAGGUAUUUCCUCUAUCUUAGGAGCCAUCAACUUCAUUACCACCAUUAUCAACAUAAAACCCCCCGCAGUAUCCCAAUACCAAACCCCUUUAUUUGUCUGAUCAAUCUUAAUCACAGCAAUCCUUCUACUCCUCUCUCUACCAGUUCUAGCCGCCGGCAUUACCAUGCUACUAACAGAUCGCAACCUCAAUACUACUUUCUUUGACCCUGUUGGAGGAGGAGACCCUAUCCUAUAUCAACACCUAUUCUGAUUCUUUGGUCACCCGGAAGUCUACAUCCUUAUUCUCCCCGGCUUCGGAAUAGUCUCCCACAUUGUAACCUACUACUCUGGGAAAAAAGAACCAUUUGGGUACAUGGGUAUAGUUUGAGCCAUAAUAUCAAUUGGGUUUUUAGGUUUUAUUGUAUGAGCCCACCACAUGUUUACAGUUGGCAUAGACGUAGAUACACGAGCCUAUUUCACCUCCGCCACUAUAAUCAUUGCAAUCCCCACCGGUGUGAAAGUUUUUAGCUGGCUUGCUACACUUCAUGGGGGCAACAUCAAAUGGUCCCCAGCAAUACUUUGAGCCCUAGGCUUUAUCUUCCUAUUUACUGUAGGGGGUCUAACUGGCAUCAUCUUAGCAAACUCAUCCCUAGAUAUCGUACUACACGAUACAUACUACGUUGUCGCCCACUUUCAUUAUGUUCUAUCAAUAGGAGCUGUAUUCGCCAUUAUGGGGGGCUUUAUACACUGAUUCCCUUUAUUCUCAGGCUACACACUGAACCAAACCUGUGCCAAAGCCCACUUCAUCAUUAUAUUCAUGGGCGUAAAUUUAACCUUCUUUCCACAACACUUCCUUGGCCUGUCCGGAAUACCCCGACGCUACUCUGAUUAUCCCGAUGCCUACACUACAUGAAAUACCCUAUCAUCUAUAGGCUCCUUCAUCUCACUAGUAGCAGUAAUUUUAAUAAUCUACAUGAUCUGAGAAGCCUUUGCUUCAAAACGUAAAGUACUACUAAUCGAACAACCCCUUACUAACCUAGAGUGACUAAAUGGCUGCCCCCCGCCUUAUCACACAUUCGAAGAACCACCCUACAUUAAACUAGUCGAAAAAGGAGGGAGUCGAACCCCCUAA